GAGCCUCAGGGUUAGGGCCAAGCACUUUGAAACCCUGAAGCAGGAAAACCGUGUCGAUAAAUACAUGAAAAAGAAGGAAAAGAAACAGCGUUUCAAAGAGAUGAAAGAAAGUGGAGCGUUUUAAGGACUUAAAACUUAGAUGGCAGAGGAUGAGUGGGCGCUUAUCCCAGACCAACACCAGCGUACGAUUGUGCAUAUCGAUGUCGACUGCUUCUAUGCCCAGGUGGAGAUGGUGCGUGACCCAAGCCUCCGAGACAAGCCCUUAGGGAUCAAACAGAAGAACUUGAUGGUAACGAGCAAUUAUGUGGCACGCUCCAUGGGGGUGAAGAAGAGCAUGUGGAUCAAAGAUGCUGUGAAAAUUCUGCCCAAUCUUGUCUUUGUCGAUGGUUCAGAUUUAACGCAUUACAGGCAGUUUUCAACGGAGAUCUCUGCAGUUGCUCAAAGCUUCACGCCAAAUGUUGAAAGACUCGGGCUAGAUGAAAACUACGUUGAUAUCACAGACAUUGUAGGAGACUACAUUUCUCCAGAAUAUAGUGCAAUUGAAGGACAUGUAUUUGGGGACAAAGAGGAGGAUAGAAAGGUUCUGGGUGAUCCCUGCGGCUGUGGAUGCCUUCAGAGAUUAACGGCAGGCAGUCACCUGGCCAAGAAAAUCCGUCAGCAGAUUCUUGAGACAACGGGGAUAACCUGCUGCGCUGGUGUGGCCCACAACAAGCUCCUCGCCAAGCUUGUUUCCGGUUACUAUAAGCCAAACCAGCAAACAGUGGUGUUUCCGUGGCAGGCACAUGAUGUAAUGGAGUCCCUGAAACAGGCUAGAAGUAUUCCAGGGAUUGGAAGCACCACCUUCAAGAUUCUGGAGGACUUGAACAUUUCAACAGUACAAGAACUCCAGAAUGCAAGUCUAAGUACAUUACACACUCGUUUUGAUGAAGAGACUAGUAAAAGAUUAAAAGAUCUGAGUUAUGGCAUAGAUGAGGGUCUUGUUAGAAAAAGUGGAAAACCACAGAGUAUUGGUUUAGAGGAUGCAUUUAAGAAGGUAAGCUCAAUUGCAGAGGUACGUAUCAAAUAUUACACUUUGCUGGAAAGACUCUUAAAACUCUUAGCAGAGGAUGGCCGUGUACCUGGAGCCCUCAAGGUAUCAGUUCGUAAAUUUGACAAAGAGCUAAGAUUCGGACACAGAGAAACCAAGCAAGUACCGCUUUUAGCAUCUCUGUUUUCUUCUGGUGUGAAAAGUGUUACAGAGAAAACUAAGUCAGAUUUGAUGAAUUUGAUAAUAAACUUGUUUCAUAAAAUGGUAGAUGUAAGUAAACCCUUUCAUCUAACUCUUGUUGGUGUUGGAUUCACCAAGUUCAUAGAGAGAGCCAAAGAAGGAAUGGCAAUAAGUUCCUUCUUCUCAAAAACCUCAAAAGAGAAAAAGGAAAGCACAAAAACUGGUGAAGCUAAGCAUUUGAAUGUAUCUCAGAAUUCAAAGGGUUCCUGUUAGGACAAAACCUGAAACUGUACAAAAAGAACCAAUGCCUUUAGAUAUUAGACUCCAGGAAAAAGAUGCCUCAUCGGAAGAAUCAAGUGAUGCAGAGGACUUUCACCAGCCCUUAGAAAAUGUAUUCAGUGAUAAGACUCAUCACCUUACACAGGAUCAGUCACACACCAA